GCAGCAUUCGUCUAGCUACCUGCAGACACUUUAUAAAAAACCGUUUGUUGUUGAAAUAUUUUCACAAAAAUGGAAGAUAAAGCGAAUUCUAGUAGCACCGCGGUAGAAUCUGCCGAAAAUCCAUCUGCACCGGCAAAGAAGUCGUCAAAGAGCAAGUCGAAAGCGCAACGUGAGAAGGCUUCUCAUCCACCAACUUCUGAGAUGGUCAACGCUGCCAUUAAGGAAUUAAAGGAUCGCAAAGGAUCAUCUCUACAGGCGAUCAAAAAAUAUAUUGCCACCACUUACAAAGUCGACGGAGAGAAGUUCGCCCCGUUCAUUAAGAGAUACUUGAAGUCCGCCGUGACGUCUGGUGCUGUUGUCCAAACAAAAGGCAAGGGAGCAUCGGGAUCUUUUAAGCUUUCUACUGGGAAGAGUGAGACGUCCAAAGCCAAGAAAGUCCCACAUCCAGCUAAGAAGUCCGCACCGAAGAAGGCACAGUCUGUUGAGAGGAAAACAGUCUGGAAAAAGACUGCACCCGCUAAAAAGCCAGCAUCACCCAAGAAAGCUGCAGUUGAGAAGAAGCCGGCACCAGCGAAGAAGAGUUCAUCCAAGGUAGCUGCUGCAAAACCGAAAGCAGCUAGCGAAGCCAAGAGCAUGUCGAAGGCCAAAAAGACCGCUAAAGCACCAGCAGCCAAGACUAGAACACCUAAACCAAAGAAGGCAGCGGCACCAAAAACAGUCAAGUCUCCAGCAAAAAAAUAAUUAUUUUUCAACAAUAUUAUCACUCGAAAAUCAAAUGGCCCUUUUCAGGGCCACUAAUAUUUUUUACAAGGAGCAUAUCUCUGUUUUCUAUCCAUAUAUAAAAUAUUCCGUUGACUUAAUAAUUUCAGUCGUUAAAAAGUAAGAAAAAUUGAAGUAGGAUAUGCGUUUUAUCACUGCUAUAUUAAUUCUUGGUAGCAUAGAGAUAUUUUAUAUACUUCAUUUUUUGCGAUAUUUCUAUUUUGAUCUUUGAUUAAAAAGUACAGAAAUAAUAGUGAGUUUGAAACCAUUAUAUUUCCAAUCUUGUACAUAAGUUGAACGCAGUGCUAGGGAAUCGCUAAUGGGAACGUGCUAACAUAAUCUCCCUAGUCUAUGCUAUCGACCAGUUCCCGCCAAAACAGGAGAUGAGCACACCAUGUACAUAU